AUGUCAGCGCGCAUCGCUAACUUGGCCAACAUCGACAUCCUCGGCUUCAAGGGCGUGUUCGAGUCCAACGGCUCAAUCUCCGCCCCCGACGCCUCAUCCCCCCUGCGCGUCCGCGCGACCGACGGCACCGUCCACAUCACCGGCCCGCGCAGCCUGUCGGUCGACUCUCCCCUCGCGCCCGAGACGCUGGCCGGCAACGGGUGCAUCAUUACAGCCGACGCCUCUGCCCCCGGGACGCUCUCAAUGCUGUGCUCGACGGUCAACCUUUACAGGCGCCUGAGCAUGUACGAUGGGGACCUAGUUGUGGACAUCCAGGUCAGGGGCGUCCUCACAGCUUAUGGGCAGCUGUCCGCCGCCCGCACCGCCAACCUGUGA